GUAACAAACAAGCAGGAAGAAGAGAGAGAGAAAACAAAAAGAGGAACGAGGUGGAAGAAGAAAGGUCGCUUUUACUUCCCCAAGAUCAGAUAAACAGAAGCCAUUGUUGCUAAUCUCGCAAAUUACGACGCCCAAUCUUCCAUUCGUUUAGCUCUUCUCCAUGGAUCCAGUUCAAGCUCCUACCGAAAACUAUGCAAACCCAAGGACAUGUUUCUUCCAUGUUUUUUUCAAGGGUGCAGCUUUGGCGUUUUACAUUCUCUCUGCACUUUUCUUUGACAACUUUGUGAUUAUCUUUGUGGUUACUGUUCUCCUUGCUGCUCUUGACUUUUGGGUUGUCAAGAAUGUAAGUGGUCGCAUUUUGGUUGGUUUGAGGUGGUGGAAUGAAAUUAAUGAUUUGGGUGAAAGUAUAUGGAAGUUUGAGUCUCUUGAUCCAGAGUCAUUGGCUCGCAUGAACAAGAAGGACUCGUGGCUGUUUUGGUGGAGCCUUUAUCUUACAGCUGCUUUGUGGAUCAUUCUCGGAAUAUUUUCUCUGAUACGGUUUCAAGCUGAUUAUCUCCUUGUUGUAGCAGUGUGUUUGUCCCUCAGCAUUGCAAACAUUGUUGGCUUUACUAAAUGCCGCAAAGAUGCUAAGAAGCAAUUCCAACAGUUUGCCACACAGACACUAACAUCUCAGUUUACUUCCACUUUACAAUCAGCCUUCAGUGUUGUUUAAUGGAAGCAGGAAAUGAAAUGGAUUUGUGUGUGAUGUAUGCAUAGAUGUCAUUCUGUAGAAGAUAUUCAAAGCUGAAUACUUGGAGAAUUUGUCAGGGCCGGCCGCUGAUCAACUUUUAUCUUGACUGAAUUCAUUUUUGGUGUCUGUUUUAUGUAAAGAUGUGGGCUCGAAUUUCACGGAAUUCGUAAUGAUUUUGUAUAAACACUAAGUAGAGUAUAAAGGGAACUUAUUUUUUUUUUAAUGCUUCA